AGGAUGUGGAGAAAAUGAACAAGAAGAUGGAAGAAGUGAAGGAGGCCAAAGUCCGUGUGGUCUCAGAGGAGUUUCUUCAAGAUGUGAAAACCUCCAGCAGGGGCUUUCAGGAGCUUCUCUCCCUCCAUGCGCUUUCACCUUGGGGUGCAGAAGUGAAAAUGGAGCACCAGGAGGUGUCCGUAGAUGGGAAGUGCAGCAAGCCAUCAAAUAUGAAGAGUGCUGGGAAAGUCAAGGAGGAGCAAGGUCCUAGCAAGUCUGAAAAGAAAAUGAAGCUAACGGUUAAGGGUGGAGCAGCAGUAGAUCCUGAUUCAG